AAGAUAUACAAAAAUUGUGUUUUCAACCCUUGUCACUGACAGCUAGUAAAAAAGAACAAUAAUAUGUAGGUGUUGGUUUAGAACCGACCGGGAUUUAAUCAAUUUCCUUCGUUCGUGGAUAUUGCACGAAUUCGCCCGUCGUACAUAAAAAUCCACCAGGAUGUCGGAAGAGCGCAGAAAAACGAAUAAACACGGCACUGGAACUGUUCCAAAAGUGAAAUAUCGUAUUAAUACGCCGUAUUCGCAUAACCCGCGCGAACCCCCUAGAAGUUUAACGAACAACCUGGCGUCGGAUGUGCAUCAUUCAGAUUACACCAACUUCAUAAGAAAUCCCAGGAGGGACCCUCGCAACAACUACUACAUGAUGGACACCUCGGUGGAAGAGCACAAUCAAAAUUUCAACAGCCUCAUUAAUACUAAUGGACAUCUGACUCCAAACUCCUCUUCAAGCACCUCUAGAAGAAACUCUUCAACAUUGAAGUGCGACAAUGUAACAAAGUAUCCUGAUAAAAAGCAAAUUGAGGAUAAGCUGUCGCAAAUCAGGGAAUACUUAAGAAUAACCAGCUCCUUAAUGGCCACAAUGAAAAACACUGAUGACCAGUUAAUAAAUUUCUCAUUCAACCAGUUGGUAGAUGACACUGAAUUAGAGAGUUUAACCAAAAUGAUGAAAGAUUUAUAUGACAGUGAGGCCAAAUUAGUAGAUAUUUUAGAUAGUAUGGAACAGGAAGAAAACAGAGGGGUACAGAUUGUCGAAGUGAAUGGAGAUAAUGGUUCUGAGCCAAGCACUUCCAGUUCUACAAAGAAUGACCAUAACAGACAUGAUGCUGAUCAGUUGAAAGAGGAACAAUUGACUUUGUUGAAGUUACAGCAGAAGGCAGAAAAUAAAUUAAAGGAUGCCAGAUUGGCACAAGAAAAAAUGCUUUUGGCCCAAGCCGUUGGCAAUCAGUCAAAGAACGUGUCCACCAAGCGGGAAAACAACUGUAUGAGCGAGGAGGACUUCGACGAGGCGAUCCGUGUGCUCGAGGAGAGAGCGAAAAGACUGAAUGGAACACGACCGCCGCCCAACAGCAAUUUUGAAGACAAGUUUCUGGCCGAGGUGGAUGCACUCCAAAACCAGAUCAUGAUCAUGCAUGACGCUAACGAGGAACGUUCGCAGCUGAUCGAAGUGCUGGACAACAGGGACGCGGAACUGAGGUCGCAGCACGUUGAGCUGCAGAACAAGCUGAUGGACCUGCAGAACAAGAAGCAACAGGUCGAUCAGCUCGUCGCUCAGCUCAACAGUAUCGAUGGCGCCGAAGAAGACGACAACGAUGUCGGCUGUCAAGUGAGAAGAAUAGUGACGAUGAAGGAUCAACUAAACAAACUAAAAGACAUGCUGGAAAUCGUUAAGACAACGGAGAACGUCGUCCAAAAUUCUAAUGGAUCACAAGAGGCAAAUGAGCUAGCUUGCGACGUUUGUACCAAAGCGGAAAACUUCUUGCUCAACGACUUUCAGAAUAUUAAGACCAGACCUAAUACUCAGAAUGACAGUAACAUGUUGCGAUACGACAACAACACUAUGAGUGAUAACAGACAGAAACAAGUCAACAAAAACACCAGAGAACAAAGCAGAGGCGCCAAAUCCAGAACAUCAAGUAUAAAUGAGUUGGAAGCAAAAAAGAGAGAAUUGGAGGAUUUAAUGGGAAAGCAUAAAGCUGGAACAUCGAAUUUGAAUCAUGACAUCGGUGCCGACUCAAAAUCAGAGUUUAGCUGUACGAAUUCCCUGAAUGAAGCUGGUUGGGUGCCUCUAUCACAUUUACCUAGUCAGUCAAUUUCAAGCAAUCAUCUAUCAAGUGAUGAAUGCCAAGAAGACGUCAAUGAAUAUUCGGAGAUUGCAGAGAACCAGAACCACAUCCCAAUGCAAAGCUUCAAUUUUUCUCCACCUAACACCGUGAAACAUAGGACACAUAAUCAGCCCAGGAUCGAAUAUCCGUCAUCUAACUACGAGGGGUCGCAAAGGUUCUCAUGCACCCCAGAACGGAAUGUCCGGAGCAGUUCCGUGACCACUCCCACUUACGUUAGAGAGAGGCCCAGAUCAAAUACUGAACAGAAGAACAAGUGUCAAGUUAAAAAACAGCUGCAACUGAUAAAAAGGGUCUGUGAGUCGAUGCUGGAACAACAAACUCCAAAUAAUAAUAACCAACAAGCCAACGUCCAAGUACGGAACAACUUGACACCAUCGCCGCUCUAUUCAGAACCAAGACGUUUCGCCUCGCCCAAUUCCAACCCUUUGAACACGGUAAACGUCGUUAAUCCCGUUGUUGAACCUCCUUGGUUGACUAAUGGUGCCCCUCAACCUGACAUGAAUGGCUACAAUGGUUGGCUGGCAACUAACACUCUUCAAACUCAAAGCUUCAUGUUGAACACUUUAAAUCAGUGUUGUCAGAUGCUCUGGAUACAGCAGAGGGAGUUGCAGAAUCUUAGAAACGCUGUGUCUAUGCUUCAAGAUCAAAUGGAAAACUUAUCUGUCGACACGAACGCUCAGCAGCAGCAACAACAACAACAACAACACCAUCAACGUGCUCCUCCUCCGAAUCCCUCAAACCUAUAUCGUCCCUCGCCGUCCCCUAAAGUGAACCAUGUGGCCGCCGCAUGCUCAAUGCCCAAUCUGAACCAUUACAAUGCUGCGCCACCCUCGAACCUCGACCUCUCCUAUAUUAACUCCGCUUCUUGCCUCAAUAACAAUGCUAACCAUCAUAUGAACGCUGGACCGUCUUCUGAUAACCAUCAUCAAACUAACAAUGCGGCCCUGCACGCCAAUAUUAACCCCUUGCCCGGACAACUGUGGAACGGGCAGGCGCUGAAUAACCAAGUGCCGCCCGGCAAUCGUGCCAACAAUUACUGGGACAAUUUCAGAAGUUAUUCACGACAAAACCUCCUUUCGACCAAAAACAGCGACGUGCUUUCUUCGUCUGGGUUGGAUCGCUUCAACACUUCUACAUCCGACCGUAGCAACCCGUUCACUUUGAUGACUUUAUCCAAGAGCAAUUCCGAACACGAAUCGACCAGCACGUCGCAGGAAAACACCCCGCAAAGACGACUCCCUUUCCGACACAACGAAACCACUGCCAACAACAACUCGGCAAUUCCACCAGAUGUAUUGAACGUCAACAAUAACGGAAAGUUUGGGGAUGGCCAACCACCGAUCGAGUUAGAUAAAAGACACAGGGGAAGCAUGGACGAUUUGCAGCUAGGCUUUCAAAUGUUGUUGAAUUCGUACCAUGACGAAAGUUCGAACCAGUCUAACGUGUCGGAGGAGAGGGAGGCGCCGCCGCUAACACGCAGAAGGAACGAAUGGAACAAUGACACUCAUGGAGAACAGACGCCAAAGACAAAAUUAUUUGACGAUCUUAGGGAGAACGUGUACAAAGAAGUUGCGUCCCUGAUCUCCGCGAAUGAAGCAAGGCCGCAUUUCUUGAUACAACUCUUUAGAGAUCUGCAAAUGAUUGGAUCGGAUUCUUUGCGGACGAAAAUUCUACAAUCCAUUCAAAAUGUCAUUACGCAUUCACUAACGACCAACCCGAAUAGAAAUAGGCUGCAAACUUCAGAAUCUCAACCGGUUGGUGCGGAAAGUUUACCCCACAAUAGAACCGAGAGUUUCUCUUUACAAUCCACGGUUUGGACCAAAACUAGAAAAAAUUCAACGCAAAGGAACUUGAUUAAUAUGGAACACGUCGAGAACGACGUGCAGUCGGCAUUUAAGGGUGUGACUCAAUUUUUAAAUGAAAACAAUGACAUGGUUAUUGACCACGAUUUUGUGAACAUAUUCAAGAAGAAGUUACUGGAUUCGGAAUCUUUUCAGGAAGUGUUGUCAGACAGUGUGUUCCUCAAACACUUCUCCAACGUCCUGAACGAAGUUUUAGAGCAGUAUCAGGGGAAAAAAUUAUCUGAAGUGAAGGCGGCGCUCCUGCAAAGUUUGGGUGAUCUAUUAAGAAGUGAGUUAUCUUUCAUUCAACUGAUUCAAGAGACAAGCCCGGAAAAUUGCCCCUUGAAUUUAACGUCGGACUCGCCACCGUCCAGUGUGCAUUUCAAGUUUCCAGAAUUGCAGAACAACAAUUCGAACAGUCCGCAAUUACAUAACGGAGAUCUAGCCGAAGCUGACCAAAGUAGGGGGGAGGAGGACGAAGCUGAGGAGGAGGGUGCUGUGGGUGGUUACCUAGAGUUGCCUCAGGAGAAUUCUGAGUUCCACAUGGUUCAAGCUAUUUCUGAAGAAUUGGACGUACCGACAAUAGAUUUUGCCAAUAAUGCCGAGGGCCUAGAUCAAGUACCAACUAGAUUGCCAACAAACACCAGAUCAAGAUCCACCACACCAAAUCGAGAUCCCUCACGCGGAGAUCCUGACAACUUCUGAUGCAUAAUCAUAUUCUGUCCAGAUUUGUCUUGAUACACUGUAUCUUGUGAUUUAAGAAAAAUGUUGUGUUUAAUUAUUUGUUAUAUUAUUAGGUUUAAAAUAAACGUUUUCGAACACUUGAAA